AUGGGCAAGUGUACCAAGGGUACCUCCUGUAACUACGCUCACGUCCCCGACCCGAAUUUCRUACGCAAGGUUUGUCAGUACUUCUUGAAGGGAGCAUGCAGAAGAGGUGCAGAUUGUACCUUUUCACACGAGAAGGGUGCCGUGGAUACGAAUGGCACCACAGCCACCAAGAGCAAAGGCGCCACGGCGAGUUCAGAAGCUGCUAUGAAAGAUUUUCGAUGGAAAGUUCCCAAGGAGACUACCAAGACAAAUCCAUUACCACCACAAGCUUUGAGCAUGUUCUUCAAGCAAGCACUGGAGCUCGUCAACAGCGACACUGGACCUAUGCAAGAAGUGGUCACUCUUCUUGCUAGUGAUUGUGGACUGCUACGGAUUGAUCAACUGCUCAGCCAGCCUUUCGACACCUUCAGUCCAGCCCAGCUCGGCAGAGUUAUCGACAACUUGCUCAAGCCUUUCUUCCAGAUGCUUUUGCACCCCAACGUGGUGUCUUCUGUCUUGCUGCGGUCAAAGGUCGUGACGAUCUACAACAUCAUGUACUCUGGUGAUGGUAGCGACCAGCGCUCAGUCCACUUGCUCGCCAGUCUUGCCGCUUACUUCUCAAACGCUGGUUUCCUUGAUGCUCCUCCAGUCGAUGGAGCAAUCGAUGCAGAUACACUGGCUGUCUUCGAGAUCACCACUCGAAUCUUUUCAAACGUGGUCGAAUACAACACUCUUGCGCACGUAAACCCAGGGUUCCUGCCUAUCGCGGAGACUUUUACUGCACUUCUGAGUAAUCUCCCUGCAAGCACCACCUUCUACAUGAGCAAAGCCAACAAGGCAUUUGAGAGGCUUCAGCAGCGCCUUGGAAUCGGCGAAGCAAUUCCUGAUGCCCAGCAGCAGCAAAACUUACCUGGCGCACGUGCAACGUUCCAAUUCACGCCGGAUCGGCCAGGCCAACUCUCAGAAGAUGGUCCCAGACAUGACAAUGACCACGCCAACAUUUGCGAAAUCUCCAUCCUGCCAACUCUGCAAGAGAUUCAGAGCACUCGCAACGAGUACCUUCCAGUCGCAGAUCCUGCACUUUGGCAUCUAGGUGGUGUUGCUGGCUUGAUUGAUCGUCACUUCCGCUUGUUGCGGGAAGACACCGUGGGCCAACUGAGAGACGCCGCAAAGAUUGAGCUCGAAAAGCUUCAGAAUCCCCAGUUUCACAUCACUCCUAAGCGUCAAGCAGCUCGAACCUUCGUCUACGGCCAUGUCCAAAUCGCUGCUUUUAGCUUCGAUGAACAUCACGGCGCUCAGAUCGCGCUGCGCUUCUCUCGACCUGCAGCUAACAAUCAGAAGUCGAGUGAUGAGAGCCGAGAGUGGUGGGAACAGUCGCGGAGGCUCGGCCCAGGCACCCUGAUCUGUCUCCUCAGCUCAGAAGGCUUUGCUUCGUUCCUGGUCGUGUUGCAAGGACAGAAGCCUACAGAACUUCAGAAGGCCUUCGACCUGACGUCUGACCCAGAGAGCGCAUACGUCGUCGUGAAGCCACUCAACGACAGCGACCUUCACAAUAUCCUGUCACUGGCAAUCGACGACUCCACUUAUGCGCAUCUCUCGAUUGUGGAGUUUCCGGGCGUGCUUCUCGCUUCUUUCGAGCCCACUUUGCGAGCUAUGCAGCAGAUCAGCCAGUCUCUCGACAUGCCUUUUUCACACAUCUUGGCUCCCACCACUUUUCCCGAACACCCCGACGAAGAGAUUGCCGUCCAGCCUCCGUUAUUUGCCACGAAACCAGGCUUCAAGUAUGACCUGUCGAAGGUCACCACCAACAACCAGUCCUUCUCCUUCACGCCUGGCGAGGUCAUCGCAGACUCUGCCACCGAGCUUGCGCAGAUUGCGCCUCUUGAUCCAGGCCAAGCUUAUGCAGUCAUUGCCUCCCUCUCGCGAUCCUUUGCUGCAAUUCAAGGCCCACCCGGCACAGGCAAGAGUUAUACUGGGAUCCAACUGAUCAGAGUCCUGCUGGCCAACAAGAAGGCCUCUUCGAUGGGACCCAUUGUGGUCUGCACGCAUACUAACCAUGCGCUGGAUGCAAUUCUCGAACGCUCGGUCGAUGAUGGUGUGACGGACAUGGUCCGAAUUGGAAGCCGCUCGAAAUCUGAGAGGCUUGAGGAUAUCAAUCUGCGCGCUCUGGGAUACCAAAUCGACCUCACCAAAACCGAAAAGUCUCGACGUUGGGAGCUGAAGCAGACCAUCAAAGAAGAGGCUACAGAGAUCAACAAUCUGCUCGAAUCAUUCAAGGCCGUCAAAACCCAUGCAGCUGUGAAGCAUUAUCUUCUCGGCACCUAUCCUGACUACCACAGACUCAUUUUUGGGGACAUCACCGACGAAAAUGGAUAUGAGCUCGUGACACGCCGCCGAGAGUCCAAAAUUGACACAUGGUUCAGAACUGGUUGUCAAAGCCGUGGGCGGCAACGAUCCGUCAUUGACCUUCAGGAUGUCCCUCUUAACCAGAUGACCAAUCUAGAGCGCCGAGCCAUGUUCAACUCUUGGACGGCCGAAAUGCAGGCCGAGCUCCACGAGAAGCUUCGUCAAGCUUCAUCCUCGUACGAUGCGGCCAAGAAAGAACUGGACGGGAUUCGAACAGAAACAAACCUUCGCGUGCUCCACAAAGCAAGCAUCAUUGGUCUCACAACGAGCGGUCUCGCUCGUAACAUCGAGCUCCUCCGCGAUGCAGGUGCCAAAGUUUUGAUCUGCGAGGAGGCCGGUGAGGUGCUCGAAGCCCACAUGCUGACGGCUCUUCUUCCCUCUAUUGAACAAUGCAUUCUUAUCGGCGACCACCAGCAACUUCGCCCUCAAAUACAGAACUAUGAUCUGUCAACGGAAAGCCCAAGUGGAAGCCAGUAUGCACUUGAUCUCUCCCUGUUUGAGAGGCUCGUCCAGCCACAGGACAUUUCUACUCAACGACUGCCACUCUCCACAUUGAACGUCCAGAGACGUAUGUAUCCGUCGAUUUCGGAGCUUAUCCGCCAGACACAAUAUCCUCUCUUGCAGGAUGAUCCAUCAGUCUCGCUAUAUCCCAAAGUCGUCGGGAUGCGCCAGCGUUUGUUCUGGAUGGAUCACGACGAGCCCGAAGAUGACAACUCUGGCGACACUUCGAAGACAAAUGCAUACGAAGUUGAUUUGGUGUUGGCUCUUGUGAAGCAUCUGGUUUCGCAAGGCACUUACAAGCCUGCCGACAUCGCCGUCAUCACACCGUAUCUGGGCCAAUUGAGAAAGCUUCGACAGAACCUUGGCAACACGCAUGCAAUCUUGCUGACCGAGAGAGAUGUUGAUCAGCUGCGGAAAGAAGGCGGCGAUGACGAAGGCAUCGUGGUACCAGAGCAUUUGGCAACAGACUCGAAUACGUCGAAAGGCUCUCUCAGCAAAGCCAUCAGACUCGCAACCGUCGACAAUUUCCAGGGAGAGGAGGCCAAGAUCGUCAUCAUCUCUCUUGUACGCAGUAACAAGACGAACAAGGCUGGCUUUCUCAGGACUCCAAACAGAAUCAACGUCCUUCUUUCUCGAGCUCAGCAUGGCAUGUACAUUAUCGGCAAUGCCGACACAAUGGAGAGCAUCCCCAUGUGGCAAGAAGUCAUCGACAUGCUCAAAGAAGACGACAAUCUUGGUGAGAUGUUGGAAUUGUGUUGCCCCAGACAUCCCGAUACCGCAAUACUUGUCGAGCAGCCUGGCGACUUUGCACGUCUAUCUCCAGAGGCUGGCUGUGAUCUACUUUGCGAGAAGCAGCUUUCGUGUGGGCAUGCGUGCAUUGCCAAGUGUCACUCCGACAUGCUUCAUGGAGCGGUGCAUUGUCUGAAGCCAUGCACGAGGAUCAAAGAUGGCUGCGAGCACCUUUGCCUGAAAGUUUGCGGUGAUACCUGCGACAGACGUUGCAAUGCUCCCGUUAUGGGUGUUGAGGUUCUGCUUGGCUGUGGUCAUACGAAGACUGCCAUGCCAUGCUACCAGUACCAGAAGCCUUCCACCAUACCUUGCGAAGAGCCCGUCAGGCGAUUGAUUCCUGGUUGUAACCACGAGAUUACCACGGAGUGCCGCAUCAACGUCGACAGUCCCGGAUAUGGCUGCUUUGCUGAGUGUGGUGCAGUAUUGCCUUGCGGCCAUAUCUGUCAAAAGGCCUGCUACCGUUGUAACACCCGUGAAUAUGGCAGACUCACAAAGACCGAUCAUGGAACAUGCGAGCAAACGUGCGAUCGUGGAUACAGCACGUGCAAGCACCGAUGCGCUUCUACUUGCCACGGAGACRAACAUUGUCCACUCUGCCUGAAGAAUUGCGACACCCGCUGCUCCCACGCACUGUGCGGUCAGAAAUGCUCGGAGGCUUGCAGUCCCUGCCUUGAAGAGCAAUGCGUUUCUGGAACCCUCUGCUUUCACAACAAGCCUUGCCCAAUGCCUUGUGCUGCCCCUUGCACUUGGGUGCCUUGUUCUGAGCGGUGCGACAAGACUCUUUCUUGUGGCUGCAGAUGCCCUUCGGUUUGCGGAGAGGAGUGCCCGGAUGAGAGGUUCUGUCAGAAGCAUGGCAGCGACGACGUCAAAGCUAUGCAAGCUGAUCUCAUCAUGUUCACUCCGUAUGAAGAUGUCGACMUCGAUACUGAUCCGUGCAUCUUCACUCCUUGCGGUCACAUCUUUACCAUCGACUCUCUUGAUGGUACUAUGGGCAUGCACGAGUACUACGAGACCGACCCGCUCACUGGAAGAUACACCGGACUCAAGACGUCUGCCGAGCCCUUCUCCAUCGAGGAAUCCAAGCCUUGCCCAGAGUGCCGCAGUUCGCUACGCAGCCUCGCUCGCUAUGGACGCAUCGUUCGACGAGCUCUUCUUGAUCAAAGUGCCAAGAGACUAACUGCUUGGUCGAACAAGAGGCAUCAAGAGCUGGCAACGUCUCUGGCGGAUCUUGAAGGCGAGCUCAUGGAUUCCAUCGACUUCCCACGCAAGCCAACGCAGAAUAUCGUGCUAGACGGCCCAUCUACCUCGCAACGCAAAACCGUGUUGAAUUUGAAGACCUCGAAGCGCUAUCGUAGGAUCUACCAGCUCAUAAACGACAUUUCCGCCUUCCGCAACAAAGUCAGCAAGGCGGAGCAGCCCUAUCAACGAGUACACGACCUGGUUGAGGUCGUCCGACGUCAGAACACUACCUCGUCCUCGAUUGCGAAGUUUGAGUUUAGUAGUGAGGAGCUGCAGCUACGCGAGCACUUGCAGGCUGGAAAUCUUCUCAUUCGUAGCGUCAUGAUCAUGCUGGGCGAUGUGAUCAAAGUCCACGGCGAGACUCCACAUGACACGCGAGGCAUUCUGAGAGUGGACUUUACGACAAACCGUGAGAUGUGCGAGCAACUGAUCGAUGAGGCUGGAACCAGCAAGAAUCUUCGUCAGCAGGCGGAGGCGCAGAUCCACUGGGCCAAAUUUGCGGCGCUGGAGUGCGGUGUCUUGAGCAAUGUCUCUGAAGACGAGGAUCCUGGAGUGCUGCAUCGUACUGAUAUGUUGAAGAAGAAGGCACUCAAGCUCCUGGGCUCCAUUGAUCUGGAAGCGGCUCCGUUGAAAGAUCUCGCGGAGGAAGCAAAGGACGUUCGGAGAAUGCUCAAGGAGGGAGGCAUGUCCGUUUCUGAGAUGAGAAUGGUUGUGCGAGCUAUGGCGAAGGAGUUCGCUGGCACGGGACAUUGGUAUCGGUGUGAGAACGGACAUCCGUUCACGAUUGGAGAGUGCGGAAUGCCAAUGGAGCAGGCGAAGUGUCCCGAAUGUGGAGCUGGAGUGGGAGGACAGCAGCAUGUUUCUGUUGGAGGUGUUACCCAUGCUCGGGAUAUUGAGGAGAGGUUUGGAGGUUUGGAGCUGUGA